GAUGAACGCAAAUCUCCAAAAGAGUUUCAUUUUGACAAGGUGUUUUCCGCAACUGCAUCACAAUCACAAAUCUACGAACGCAUGAUUCGUCCAAUCAUUGACCAAUGUCUUGAUGGAUACAACGGAUGCAUUUUUGUAUAUGGACAAACGGCUAGUGGAAAAACGUAUACAAUGCAAGGACCAUCAGCUAGCACUGGAUUUGAAGAAAGCGUGUCUACUUCGGAUAAUCGUGGUAUUAUUUUACGAGUCGCUGACCAGAUUAUAGAAUGCAUUCGAAAAUCAAAAGCCUCGACUACAUACUCGGUAACUGCAAGCUAUUUGGAAAUAUAUCAAGAACAGCUUAAAGAUUUACUAUGUCCUGCAGAUCAGCAAGACUCAAAAUCAGCAACUGGCAAGGAGCUUUAUGUAGAGGGACUCACUGAACGACAGCUUUCAACACCAUUGGACUAUCUAAAAAUGAUUGAGCUCGGUAUCAAACAUCGUACUGUAGCCGAGACUAACAUGAACAAAGUAUCGUCGCGAUCCCAUUCAGUACUCACAUUGAUCAUUGAACAUGCAGAUAAUGUAAACCAAAUCGGUGUUAAAAAGCGCAGCAAAAUCCACCUUAUAGAUUUGGCAGGCUCAGAGCGAGUCGAUUCUACUGGUGCUACAGGAACCCGACUUAAAGAAGGAGCAUCAAUCAAUCAAUCGCUCUCAUCUUUAGGAAAUGUGAUCAAUGCACUCUCCACUCACGCCAAGCAUGUCCCUUAUAGAGAUUCCAAACUAACGUAUUUGCUCAGCGAUUCGCUGGGUGGAAAUUCACUAACAGCCAUGAUUGCAUGUAUAUCCCCUUGUGCUGCGUCUUAUGAUGAAACAGUUGGUACGUUACGUUUUGCUGAGCGAGCCAAAAAAGUCACGAAUCAAGUUAGAGUAAAUGUCGAU